ACCCAGUCCUGGUCGUAAGCGGUUCCAAGGACAUUAGAAACCCAUUCAUUACCCGGCACGGUGACGGGGUGGCGAGAAGGCAAAUGCGAGCAGGGAGAAGUUGUGUGGUUUCCCCUGCUGAAUUUCUGCCUGUCAGGGGUACAGAAAAGGCAACCCCUGCGAAAGGCGCAGCAUCGACUGCUAGGCAGGCCUAUCAUCAAGCUAGCCCUCGCUUUCCCCGCAGCCACCUUAAACGCAAGGGCUGCUGGGAGCAGAAAGCGCGAGGAAAGGCGUCGGACAGGCCUGCUAGGCCGCGCGUGCUCCCUGCCAUGGACGCGGUCCUAGCCGACACGCUGCUCUCGCAAUGCCCGGACUGGGGCGCGCUGCUGCGGGCCGUGUGCGGCGGUGGCGCCGAAGGCGGGCCGCUCUCCGUCGAGCAAGCGGAGACGCUGCGCUUCCUUCUCGAGCGGGUGGCGGCGGCGGCGGGCGGGCGGAGCGACGAGCGGGACGCGGCGGCUCGGCGCGUGGCCUGGGAGGCGGCGCUGGGCCGCUGCCUGCCGGUGCUGCUCGGCGGUGCCUCCUCGCCGGGGGAGUCCCCGGAGGAGCGGCUGCGCCUGGCCAGAGCCGCGUGCGGGGCGCUGCGCUGCUGCGCCUCGCUUGGCGGAGCCCCUUUGGCGGAGCGGCUGGGGCGGGAGUCGCUGGAGGCCCUGGAAGGCAGCGCGGGGAGCGGGCGGCUGCAGGUGGAAGCGGCAGUCGAGGUCCUGGCCGCCGUGGCCCCUUGGCUGGAGGAGCCGGGGCUGCUCGGGCGAGCCGUGGCGGCGGCCCUGAAGCUGCUGAGGGGAGAUGGAGAGGACGACGAGGAGGAGAAAGCGUUGCUGGCGGCCGGGAGGCUGCUGCCGGCGCUGGGGCGGAAUAGCGCCGCACUGGGGCUCGUGUGGGAAGGGCUGAUGGUGCUGCCGCCGCCGCCGCCCAAGGGUGCCCCGCAGCGGGUGAGCCGGACCCUGCUGGUCUUGAGCGCCCUCUCGGACGCGCUGUUUCCAGCGAGCGCGCAGGUGGAGGCGGCUGCUCAGCUACUCGACGCCAGGCAGUGCAGCAGUUUCUGGGAAGUGGUGCAAAAGGGGCUGACGGAGAGUGAUGCCCUGUGCAGGAAAAGAGCCCGUUAUUUGCUGAAGCGAGCAGUGGAUGUCUCUGAUAAACUACGCCUGGAGUGCAGGUGCAACCGGCACAGUGGAAAUGAACCAUGUCUCUUCUGGUGGUGUGCAGAAAAAAAUGAUCAACUAAUUCAGUUUUGGGAAAAUUACAUCUUAAUUAUGGACACUUUGGAAGGAAAUCAGAUACAUGUUAUAAAGCCAGUAUUGCCAAAGUUAAAUAGUUUAUAUGAACAUGCAGUAUCAGAGCAAAAUGAUAGUUGGGUGUUUCACCCAUCGUGGCAUAUGUGCAUUUACAAAAGAAUGUUUGAGAGUGAAAACAAAACAUUGACAAAGGAAGGUGUAAUUCACUUUCUUGACAUCUGGCAAACGAAACAUAUCCCUAUGUCACCAGGAUUCUCAGAGUUUAUUAUUGGCCCUUUAAUGGAUGCUCUUUCGGAAAGUUCUCUCUAUAGCAGGUUAUCCGGUCAGAUUAUCGGAACCUGUCCUCCUUUAGGAACGAAAUUGCAAAUGUUCUUGGCUACCUUUUUCACAAGCCUCCCUGAGAAAGAAAAAAGUAGUUUUUUGUUAAAGUUUAUACAGAAGAUGAGCAAUAGGCACUGGUGUGCUGUUCCAAUUUUGUUUCUGUCCAUGGCACUGGCAAAUCUUCCAGCAUAUAGAGUACUAGAUACUGAAGGACUCCUAGCUCUGAGAGAUGUCCUGCAGUGCACCAUGAUCACCCAUCAGAUUCUCCUGCGGGGAGCUGCUCAGUGCUAUCUUCUUAAAGCAGCUAUACUCUUGACAGAUGUAGAGAAAGUAUCCCUUUCAGAUAUUGCAAACUUCAUUGUAUCUCUGAAACCAGAGGAGUCAUUAGGCAGAGGGACUGUUUUGUGGACAAUGCUUUGUAAUUGGUUGCGUGUAAAUGACAAGCACUUUCGAAAGCCUUUAAACUGCAAUGUGCCUCAAGACAAAACUGCAUUAAGUGUUUAUGCACAAUCCCUUGUGGAGGAUUAUCUGAAAACACCUAUAGCCAAUUCUGCGGAAGACUGCCUUAUGCCUGACUGGUUUGAAGCUAAACUUGUUGCUACAAUGAUUCUGCUGACUGCAGAUGUGGAAGAGAUGAAACAUGUAUACAGUGUCAAUGGCAGCACAGAACGGAUUGAGCUGAAGGCUCUCCUAAACCCUCUGCUAGAUGUCUUGCUGAAACUUGGCACUAAUCCCUACAUCUCAUCACUGAAAACUGAUAAAAGCCUACAGCUGCUAUUGAAGCUACUGCAGACUUGUUCAAUCAAAUGUUCCAGUCCACAAGUUGAUGGGAUAAUAGCAUUUCUCCAGAAUUCAUUUAUGACUGCCACAGAAAGUAUUUUGGAUUUUCUCCUCAGAAGACUUACAGCAAAUGAAUUAAAUACCAUGUCAGAUCUGCAGCGCUGUAAUUUAUAUCUAGAAGUGUUGUCAGAGCUGAUGAACAUUUGCUCAGUCAAUGGCUGGAAAAAAGGACCAUCCAUCUGCAGCUUCAUCUCCUCUCUGAUAAAUACCUCUCUCUGCAGUGUUCAAGAGGGAAAUAGUGAAAAGGAGGUAAAACUUGGGGAACAGAUUCAGAAGGUAGUGAGUAUGGCAUCGCUAAGUGUGAUUUGUGAAAUUAUUGAUCAGAAGCCAGAUCUUCAGCUUGAAUCUCUCCCAGCUGUUGAAACCCUAAAAACAACUAUUUCCUGUGCUCAACUUAACCAUGUAUUAAAGAAGCCUUGCAGUAUGGAAAAAGAUAGUUAUCUUGAAGAGCCAGCAUCUCAUCAAGGAUGGGGGAAAAUUGUAGCGUGUUAUAUACAUGAUCAGUGGGUUUGUCUUCAUUUUGUUCUAAAUAAUUAUCAAAAGCUUUCUAAGGACAAAUAUAUAGAGCACUUUUUGCCAGAUGUUCAAAAAUGCACAAGAAUUUUACAGUCUGCGCUGGAAGCAAUGACAAUUCUUCCUUCUGAUCAUAUCUUACCUGUGUUUCAUUCCAUGAAAAUAGUCGUUUCCAAGCUUUUGGAAUCCUCUGAAUCUCUGUGCAUAGAGGCUUUUGACUUAGCAUGGAAAAUUAUAUUUGCUCUUAGUAACACACAGCUGAUCUUUUGGCCCAAUCUAAAAGCUUUUGUUCAGUUUGUGUUUGAUCCUGAAAUUCUUGCUGCCGCAGCAAAGAACAAAAGUCAGGCAUACACCAGGAUAAAAGAGAUCAUAUUUCAGAUGAUUGAAAUGUCUUCAACAAGGACUGGCGUCUUUAAUAUGUUGUUGACUUACUGCUGUCAGUCUUGGCUAUUUCCUACUUCUGAUGACCCGAAUGCUGUUGAAAAGGCUUUUUCAAAUGCUAGCAAUUACAGUGAACUUGUUGUAGAGGCCUGUUUAUUUGGAACUGUUUUCAGGCGUGAUCAAAGACUCGUUCAGGAAGUAUGUGCUUUUAUAGAAAAUCUUGGAGAUGAAUGUGCAGCAAAUGUUGUUACAGAAAGUACGAACAGGGAUGACCAUUAUGUGAGAGUUUGCGCCAUCAAAUUUUUGUGCUUGCUGGAUGAGACAAAUACAUUGCACAAGAAGUUUAUAGAAGACUUUGUGAUGAAACUACUUGAUAGGGGUGAACUCAUGUCAAAAUCAAAAAACCGCUAUUAUGUGAACUCCUUACAACACAGAAUUAAAAAUCGACUGUGGCAGACAUUGCUAGUUCUGUUUCCAAAACUUCAUGAGGAUAUUUUAACGAGAACUAUUGACAGGAUUCUACAAGCUGGACAUAGUAAUAAUCAAGCAUCAGUAAAGUACUUAAUAGAAUGGAAUAUCAUAUUGAUUCUACAUAAGUUUCCUCAUUUUCUUCAAAAGUUCUGGGAUUGUUUUAACUAUGGUGAAGACCAGCUUAAAACGAGCAUUUGCACAUUUUUAGCAGUGAUAUCACAUUUUGACGUAAUUCUCCAAAAUAUAUCUGAGAAGACACCAGCCUUGAAGAAAGCCCUCGUCGUCGUUCUACAGUGGUGUUUCCAUCACAAUUUCAGUGUUCGACUUUAUGCUUUAAUUGCCCUUAAGAAAAUUUGGGGAAUGUGCAAAGCAUUGUGUGUGGAAGAUUUUGAAGCUUUAGCUCCAGUUAUUGACUGUAGUCUCAAUCAAGCAGAAAGCAUGCAUGGAACAGGGAAUGCUAAAAAGAAUUGGCAGCGCAUCCAAAAACACUUUUUCUUUGAAAACUUUCAUCCACUUAAGGAUUACUGUGUUGAGACAAUAUUUUACACCUUGCCGCAACUUUCAGAAAUUGCAGAAGAGGAAUUGAUUUCUCUAUCUAAAUUUAAAGCAUUCACAGACAUCCCACUGAGCUCAACAUUUCCAUUCUCCCAUUCUCGAACUUCACUUCUUGAUCUGAAGCAGUGUGACUGGUCUCAGCAAGAUUUGGGUUUGAGUUCAUCUGAAUCAAGCAGUCAAAGGCAAUGGACAGAUGUUCAAAAAAAGAUAAUUCCUUGGAAGGACAGUACUCCUGAUCUGGAGCUUGUAUUUCAAGAUCGGGCUACUAAACUUGGAAAAGCAAACAAUAAACUGAUUGUAGUGGCUUCACUCAUUGAUAAACCUACCAAUUUAGGAGGCCUGUGCCGUACAUGUGAAAUAUUUGGGGUGUCGGCUCUCAUUGUUGGCAGCCUUCAUUAUAUAAAUGACAAGCAAUUUCAGUACCUCAGUGUUUCUGCUGAACAAUGGCUUUCCCUCAUUGAGGUAAAGCCAUUCCAGCUUGCUGAUUAUUUGGAGCAGAAGAAAAUGGAAGGCUACACUAUAAUAGGUGUAGAGCAAACGGCUAAAAGUUGUGAUCUGACAGAAUAUUGUUUUCCAGAGAAAUCGCUCUUGCUGCUGGGAAAUGAGCAUGAGGGAAUCCCUGCGAAUCUAAUUCAGCAGCUGGACACCUGUGUAGAAAUUCCUCAGCAAGGAGUUAUCCGGUCACUUAAUGUCCAUGUAAGUGGAGCUCUGCUCAUUUGGGAAUAUAUUAGGCAACAGAUCGUCAAGGAAAAAGAAUGAAGAUAAAUACAUGAAUCUUGUCAAAACUGUUGCUCUGAUGGUGCUAAGAAACUCAUGGAGUAGAGAUAAUGCACAAAAGAAUAAGUUUUGUAUUUUGCAUGCCUUCAUUUUUUAAAAUAACUCAAAUGCCUUAAACCAUGACUGUAUUGAAAUAUUCAUUGAUGAUAAAUAUUCUUUCAGUAUACAA